CUCUCCUCUCGUCGCAGGUGUACGUGACAUUUGCCAAGUCAGCCAGCCAGCAGCACGGGCGGAAGUUUGCGCAGACGACCUUCCCGCGCCACUCCGGAAGUAUGGUCGCGUGUAUGCAGCGACACACAGCAGUGCAGUGCAGUUCCGGUGCAAAGGUGCAAAAGUUCGUAACAUGGUAACAUGAAAGACGUGCGCAAAGCGAAGUAGAUGUAACGACAAAAACAAACGAAAACAAACAAACAAAAGAAAAGCAAAACGAAACAUUAGUGAAUUUAAACAAAAAAAAGGAAACAAACGAAUGCAAAAAAGUGAACCAAAAGUUGAAAGUGAGGAGAGAAAGAAAGUGCAAAAAAGCAAGUAAAACUUUACAAGUUUGUUGCAUUGCAAGUGCAUUACACAGUGAGUGAAAAACUGAGCAACGAUCGCAUCGAAGAAAGCAUAACGAAUGUAGCGAAGUAACGAACGCGUUAGAAGAAAAAAGUAACAACAAAACAAAAGUGGCGUAAAAAAGUCAUCGUGCGCGUACACUAAACAAAAAAACAAGCAAGUUUUUACUCUCAUCCCUGAAAAAAAAGCAAAAAAGCGCCUCACAGCAAAACUUCUUCACCUCGCACAGCAUUAAUCAAGCAACGCCACCGCCUAGCAACUUCUGGAAAGCAAGGAAGUGGCUAGCGAGUACGUGAAUUUUUCACACACACACACACACAUUUCUGCAAUAACUUUUUCGGACCUAGCUGUGCUUGAGGUUAUCAAAAUUUUUCUCGCCUCCUUACCCCCAUUUAAAUCAUCACCCUUCAUCCCCACACACACCAACGCGCGGUUGCUGUAGUACACGAUCUCCAUUCCGAACGCCGUGUGUGUAACGACGAAGACGACGACCCACACGCAUCAACCAAGUGUAGCUGUGUGUAUGUGUGCAGACACACGGUCGUGAUGAACGUGAACUUUGGUGAGCAGGCGGUUCGUUUUUUGUUGAUCACGAAACGGUUCUGGCAGUGAUUCCGGCGACAUAAGGCGAUUUUCCAGGACAAAGCUAGAAGCAGACGACAGCGAACGCGAACGUUCAGCUCUGCCUGCAAUUGCGCAGCAUACACACCGUACAACACCGAUAUACAUUGACCUCUCCCCGCCUCCGGUAGGCGACUCGACUCCAUCACCAUGGGUAGCAGCGAAGGGCAAACGUACUGUCUGCGAUGGAACAACCACAAAUCGAACCUGGUCGAGAUACUCGACGCGCUGAUCAAGAUGGAGUGCUACGUCGACUGCACGAUCUACGUCGACGACCAGGUCCAGUUCAAGGCGCACCGGGUCGUGCUGGCCGCUAACUCGCCCUACUUCCAGUCGAUCCUGCAGGACGUGCCGAUGGAUCACUGCAGCAUCCUGUUCCCGGGCGUGCAGGAGUUCGAGAUGCGCGCACUGCUCGAGUACAUGUACACCGGCGAGGUGAACGUCACCCAAGCACAGAUCCCGCGCAUCAUGAAGAUCGCGGAACAGCUCGAGGUGAAGGGCCUGUACGAUAUGGCGGACCUGAAGGGGCGCUUCAGCAAAAUGGUCGAUGUGGAUCAGCUGAUGCGCGACCGUGACCCGGCCACCACACUGCACGCGAGCAGUAGUAGCAGCAGCAACAGCAACUACACCGGCAAGGGUUCGUCGUCUACUGCUACCGGUGCCGCUGCGGGUAGUAGCACAGCCGGUGCUGCUGCUGCUGCUGCAGCAACCGCCACAUCCUCCUCCUGGCGCGACGUACCGCCAACCAGCAGCAGUGGCAGCCAUUACCCCCACUACCAGCACCAGUCGUCGCCGGUCAUUUCCACCUCCACAAAUGUGUCACUCGCCCAAAGCAGCAGCUCCUCGCCACCGUACUCGUACAAGUCGCCCUACUCUAGCCUGUACUCCCGCAGCCCCGGCGCGGUGGAGCGUGAUCGCGAGCGGGAAGAGCGUAGCCGCGACCGUUCCGCAUCCUUCUCGCACGCGCCAGCCACGACCUCACCGCCGCCCCAUCGCACCCAGUCCACGUCCGCCGGCUCGUCCGCCUCCUCCGUAUCGGCACAGAUCGCACUGCAGUCGCAGACCGCCAGCAGCAACCACCAGUCGUCCUCGGCAUCCCACCAGUCCGGCAGUUCCGCCUCCUCAGCCUCCGCGCAACCAUCGACCGUGGCGGCGGCUGCCGCCCUGGCCGCCGGUUGGCCCUCCCUCGGCCAGACGCAGCUGCACAGUAUGCUCAGCUCGGCGUACGAUUCCAGCACCGACAUGAACCCGCUCAAGCGCAAGAAGCUCCAGUCGAUGUCGAGCAUGCUGCGCGACACACCGAUCCUGCGCAACGUGCUCGCCCAGGCCAACCCGGCCGACUCGUCGCAGGCGGGCGGUGUGCCUGGGGCUGGGACAGCGCAGGCAACCGUGGCCACGAUACAGUCCCAGUACCAGGGCGGCAUGAAGUCGGAUCCGGACCAGCCGAGCAGUCAUCACUCCAACGGCAGUGGUUAUAAGUCAAUCAAGGACCAACCCCACUCACCGUACGCGGACAAAUCGUUCGAUGACGAUCUGCUCGACUCGCCGCACAACUUUGGCGGCGACGCGCGGCUAGCAUCGUACGUGCCGCACCAGCAGCAGAAGCCGGAGUGGAAGCGCUACAAGCAGUACACGCGCACCGACAUCCUGAACGCGAUCGAGUGUGUGCGCAAGGGCAUGAGUGCGCUGCAGGCGUCGCGCAAGUUCGGCGUGCCGUCCCGCACCCUGUACGACAAGGUGAAGAAGCUGGGCAUUACGACGGGCCGGCCGAUCAACCGGGCGCUCAAGCGGUCGCCCAGCUCGGGCGGCAGUCCGGCCUCCUUCCCGUACGGGCUGAGCGGUGCGAGCCACAUGUUCGGCGGGCCGGGCAGCGGUGCGCCCGGCGGGCCCGGUGGCCAUCCGGGCGGCGACCACCACCAGCAGCUCCCGUCCCAGUCGUCCCAGGAGGACGAUGCGGCCGCGGCGGCUGCUGCGGCGGCUGCCGCUGCCGCCGCCGCCAUGGCCCACCAUCACGAGGCGGGCCGCAUGAUCAAGCUCGAGCACGGCAGCCACCACGGGCUGCCGCCGACCAUCCCGCACCCGGCCGCCGCCCUGCUCGAUCCCUCCUUCCUCCAGCAGGCGCUGGAAGCACGCGGCGGCGACAUUGCCGGCCGCGAGGCACUGCACGCGAUGGCGUUCGCGGCGGCCGCUCACGCCGCCGUCAACGGCAUGAGCACGUCCCCGGGUACGCACGGGACGGCCCGCUCGCCGAGCCCGAGCGUGCUGAUGAAGUACAUGCGCUCCGUGUCGAUGAGCUCGCCCGAAGACGAUCGGCACCAUUCGGCGCAGCAGCAGCAGCAGCGGGAAGCACGCGAUCUUGCGGAACGCGAGCGCCGAGAGCAUCACAACGGGUCGGAACCGGCCUACGCCAGGCGGGAGCAUCAUCCGAUGGAGCAGGACGACGAACCGGGCAGCGACUGUGGCGAACGGCCAUCGAGCGGCGGUCUGGCCGAAGGCCAGGACGAUCACGUGGAGGAUCUGUCCAUGGGCCCGAAGCGGGACUCGGAAGAGCGGGGACCAUCCGUCUCACCACCGCCGGCAGCGGCGGUGUCCGUCGUACGGUCGGCGGUUGCACGGUCCCGAUCACCCUCACCUGCACCCUCGCUACCGCAACAACCUCCCCAGCAGCAGCAGCAGCAGCAGGGUGUCAUUGUGCCAGCGCCCGGUAAGUUAAAGGAAGACUACAACAUCACCAUCAAGCGGGAAAUCAUUGCGGACAGCAAUGCGCCCGCAGAAUCGUCGUAGAACGGCGGUAGUUCCAAUUCGCCCGGAGCAGUCUCCUCCAUGUUCGUACUAAACUAAACGUUAAAACCUAAAAACCUUAUUCGCCACUGUGAAGGACAAAACGGUAGAAAACUACUGGAAACGGGUAACUAAGUUCACUGAGUUUUUCCACGCCUUUUUUCCCUCCCCUGCAAGCCCAUGGGGAAGUACAUUAGAGUAGCGUUAGUUGGGCAUUUUGAGUUGGGUCCGUUGAUGGACCCACCAGGUUUUGCAAUAAACCGUCAUUCACAAGCGACGAACCCCCUCCCGGGGAGCCACGUGGCUACGAUUCCAUGCAGGAAGUUGCAAAUGUGUGUCUUGAGAGAGCACGAACGAAAGUUACCUUCUACGACGUCAUAUCGAAACCGAUCCCACCAAUUUCAUUUAGCCGCCUAGAGGACCUGUAGUUUUAGCUAUUUUGCUGCAUGUUUUUUUUAUCUAUUUUGUUUCGUACACUUAGCAAAGUUUAACAGUAAGCAGUAUCAGUAGUGCACAUUCUACAUCAUGAAAGCCUCACCAUCAAGAGGCAUCCAUUUACAAAUCAGAAUCUCUCUUACUAGCUACGCGCCCUCUCUUCGUACGCAUUCUCUUUGUCGGCUAAAGUUAAACCGAGAACCUUUAUAGACUGAAACGAGUACUCACCGCACAAACCAACAAACAACAAAGAUUACCCAACCCACCAACUCCAACAAAGUAAGAAAAGCUAACCCCUAUCAAUCAGGCAAUAGAUGAUACGUGUUUUGUAUGUAUGUCGUAAGUGUGCGAUUUUCCUUCAAGGCCGCGUUGCCCACACAACGGAAGUGCAAUAGAGAGAGAGAGAGAGAGAAAAAAAAGGAGGAAAUUGACGGCGCAGAAACAGCAGUCGUUUGUCGUUAGGCUAGGCUUAAACCCAUCUUAGAUGAUUUUGGGCUUUUACACCUUCUUGUUAAUUGCCUUCUUUAAACCCCUCCUGCCAGGGAUGGGGAAACGCAUUUUGCUUUAAAUGAUUUUUGUUUUGCUCUCGUUUCCAAAUCAUUUGUUUAACUCUCUUUAAGCUGUGCAGCGCGAUAGGUUUUAGCUUUUUUUCAUUAAAGCCUAGCUCCCGGCCUAUAGUUCGUCGUUUCCUUUGCCGCAUCGAAAACCGCAGGCUCUAAAGCCUGUACACCAUCGUUUCUUAAAGUUUUGGCAGUGCAACCCCCCUUCGAAAGUGUUGGCGGGUAAAGUGUUGACGAUAGUAUCCUUAGUGACACACGCGGUAGCCUUAGUGAGCGAAAGCACUACCCUAAUAUUACUACGACUAUCCUGGCGUUAAACAAAACAAGACUAAAAAGGCAAAAUCGCACCUUUUCCUUAACAGCAUAACAAUGAAACAAACAAACAAACAAACACGCGAACGAAUAUUGUUUUAUCAGUAGUUACAUUAGUUGUAAAAAUUAACCAAUAUUGCGUUGGAUGGUAUCGCCAAAUUAUGUACUAUUAGUUGUAAGGUUUUUUUCCCCGUUGUUUUAAGCUCUUAUACACCUCCUCUUCUAGCUUUAUAGACGGAUAUCUAUGUUGCCUUUCAAUCGCUAACUGAUUAGCUUCUAUGUGGUUAUUAGUUUAACAUCGUUACAAGACAAGACAAGAACAGUGGGGUUUGGGGAAUGUCGCCUCGCCACCCCCAGAUUAAUUCUACCAUUGAGUGCCUAUAAUUAUGAUGAUUCCUAUAAGCUUAGGAGCGAGUUAGAGAGUUAAACAAAAACAACACGGUUCCUGCAUUUUAUGUUUAUGUUGUUUCCGUAUGUCUCCGACUUAGGCAUCCGCUCAUCACAACCGAGAUCGAGAUGGGAAGCUAAUGCGGGCGAAGAAAGUACGUUACGUUACGUGGAAAUGUUCUUCAUCAUAUGAGUUUUCCUAUUAGCUAGUUACCAUACGAGUGUAAGGCAAGAUGUAGAUACGAAAUCAGUUACACAUUGUGAAUCGGAAAUGAAAACUAAAAACAGAUAAGUUUACACGUUUUUACACUGCUUUACCAAGAUGAAGCCAUAUAUCUUACUUUUUUUUACCGUUGCGAUGCCCUAGUGAACAAAGCAAGAAAACAUAUAAACAAGCAAAUCAAACUAUUUAAGGCAUGUAACACAAACAGUAGUAGUAGUAGUAGUAAUGGUAGUAAAAGUAGAGCAAGUAGUAAUAGUAUACGUAGAAAUAGACAAACAAAAAGUAGCAAUCAAAAAAGAUAAAGUGUAUAAUACACAGCAUGUUGGUGGUUUCCUCAUCGUUAAGAAUGUGGUAGAGAAGUAGUAAAAACAAAAACAAAAAACAAACACAAAAAGGCUUUGAUGUUACCGUAGCAUUGACUUGUUGAUAAAGAGAAGAGAAGAGGAGAGA